AUGGACAAUCGAAAACAAUAUAAAAUUGAUGGCCGAAAGUGGAUUAGGGGGAAAGCAAAGGGACGAAAACAUUUAUGGAUUGAUUUAUUUCCCAAAUACUUAACUGGGCGCCAAAGAAGUGUUAAAGAUGAUGAUCAUGAUGGUGGCCGUCAUUUUACUUUGUUGAACUCCAGGGGAUCCACAUUCGUUCGUUCACUCUCUCAGACAUUCACUUCAGCCGCAUAG